CGUACCUCAGCGGAGACACGGGGGCCGGGGGACAUCCAGUCGCUGCCCCAGGACAUGUGCUGACGCGUGGUAGAGCAGGCCCAGGCCAACCAGGCCCUCGAUGAAGCAGGACAGGCUGCCCCCGUGGAGGGGACAGGCCCCCAGAGGUGCUGGACGCUGCUCCCGUUUUAGGACAACGAUGGAGUGGAGGACCUCUGCUGGGAACGCAGGGUCUGCGUCCUGCCCCAUCUGUGACUGCCAAGGGGGUCCGGUUGGUGACCGGGGUGGGAAGGGGUGUGUCGCCAACAGCGACUCUGAUGUCCCUGUAUUUUCAAGUGACCUCUCGGGAGCCAGAGUUACUGACGGGACUAAAUGAGGAACCUUUGCUGCAGCGCUACUGUUUAGAUUGGCCCCUAAUGUUCCACUCCUGUCCCGGGAUGGGCUCGGUCACGUCCACGCCGCCAGGGGCUGGACAUGAAGCCACGGGCCCACCGGUCCUCCAAGCAGUGCUGACCAGGCCGAGAUGGGCUGGGCCGAACCCCCGUGAUGGGCAGGAACUCUUACCCAGGCCCGAGGUGCCUUGGGAGCAGGGAGGUCCCAAAAGAAUGUGCUGGGCCUGCCUUCAAGUCUGGCCGGACAGGCAGACUUGAAGUCUGGACAGAAGGACCUCGCCUCCCCACGGGAGCUCGCCUGCCGUCCACUCUCAGUGACUUCGGGGUGCAGAGGUCGGGACUGUCACCCUGCAGGGGACACUAAGAGGCCUCAUAGGACCAGUGGGGACAAGGCAUCCGGGCCACUGGGAAAGCAGGGGCAUGAGAACCGGGUCCUGAGGGAUGGAUAGGAGCUCGUCAGGAGCGUGGCUGUGCCGGGCCGGAAGGCUCAGUGCGGGGAAAGUGUAGAGCUGGAACAGAGCCCAGUACGGCCAGAGUUUGAGGGGAGUGGAAAACGGCAGGGCAGAGAGGCUGGCGGGCGGGUGCAAGGUGCAGCGUGGAGAGGCGCUCAGGGGCGCACCCGGCGGCCAGGGCCCUUCCACAGGUGCUGCUGUGAGCCCUGGGAAAGCAGGGAAGAGACGGUCUCCCCGCGCAGAGGCUGUGUGCCACUGGGGGCCACGCAAAGCCACACUCCGCGUGCUCUGUGCUGCACCCGGGCCUCUGGCAAGGAUGAGAAGUGCACAGCGGGAGGCACCCCGGGGACGUGCUGGGGGCGGCGCCUGGGAGCUGUGUGCUCAGGCAGGGACCCCAGCAGAGGACACGAGACGCCCCGCGCGCAGGCUGCUCAGGCCCUGGGGUGGGAAUGAGCUGGGACCAGUCGAGGGCCAGUGCACCGGAGCCUGGCUGCCCAGCGAGCCCAGGGCACAUCCCCCUCUGGCCGGGGCUCAGCACAGCCCGACCCCCUCAGAUGCUCGGCGCCGCCCCAGAUUCAGCGGUCAUGUGUUUUCGGCUGUGGCCAUCCCGCAGCCGUGCCAGCCCUGCCACCUCAGAGCUCAGUGGGUUCAGGUCUGGGUUUGUUUGCGGAGCCUCGUCCACCACGUCAGGGUCAAACCCACGGUGGUCUGAGGCUGGAAAGUUCUCGCUCCAUGCUGGCCGUUCUCAAAGUGGCUCCCAGGGCCAGUAGCUACGGCCACUCAGGGGACUUGCUGCAAAUGCAGGUCUUGGGUCCCUGAGACGUCCGAGCUGGGGCUUCUGGUGGGGUCACCUCACUGGGCGCCCAGGUCCUCUGGCAUCUGAGGAUAAUGGGAGCAGCUGCAUUCUGCGUGGGUUCACUGCGUACGAGUGAAUUCGGGGUUCUACGGAAAAUUCUGCGGUUACAUUCACUCCCCUUCGCUCCUUGAAAGGAGUAAUUGUCCGUCCGGGAUCCACUCCCAGGCAGUAGACGGGCGCCCGGCUCACCCAAGGGGCUCACCCGUCAGGGGGUGAGGCCAGCAGGGGCCCCAUUGCUGUCCUCCCAUCACGGAAGCGCUCCUAACGGCUCUUAAAAGAAGUUUGUGUGCAGCUUCCAGAAACAGAGCUCUCUCUCCUGCGAAGUACAGAAAGAAAAGUAUGUUCGCACGUUCCCUUCCAGCCUGCUUUCGGUCUGUGUCUCCGCCAGCUGCGUCCUGAGCACUUUCCUGCUGUAGAUUGCCUUCCCUCAAACUCAGACGUGACGUUUCUUGAGGCCCCUGCCCCGUGUCAGGCACUUAGGAUGUGUCCCGUUUUCAGUGUCACACGCAGCACACUAAUCUUUGCUCUGCGACCUGAUCGUCUCUUUGGUAUGAACAGCAAGCCGUGCUGGUGGCUGGGCUGCAAUUCUGGGCACGUCUUUGCCAAAAUACCGUCUGGAGAGGUGGAAGCCCCAGCUGGGAGGAGGCUCCGGCUUUGCCAGUGCUGGGCAGACGCGCCCUCAGGGGACAGCCUCUCGGCCUGGACCCGCUGGGCUGGGGCGAAGGGGUCUGGGGACAGGGCCGUGGAGGGUGAGGGCUCAGGCCCCUCAGCCUCGGGGUUUCCCUGAGAGCAUUCCCGAGGGGGCUCAGCAGGGCAGGUCCCGGCCGGUGCCCCCAGCCCUCUUCCCCUCUGCUGGGCAGUGAAGCCCGCGCCCUCCUGCUCCGGGGGCCGCGCCCCAGCUCCCGCCCCACAGCUGAGUCUCCCGCUGCCUGACCCGCCCAGGGCCUGGGUGGGGACGGCGCCCUUGGGACUGAAUCAGAAUAUAAUGCAGUACAGUUAGAGGAAAGCAGAGAACACACAGAGAAGGUGAAGCCUUUAUGCUUUUCUCCUAACUUAUGCAAGAAAAACAUGCCCACUACAAAAAAAAAAAAUGUAAAUACCUUACACUCUCCAAAGCCCUGCAGAGGGUACAGUUCAGAAAACAUGGCCAGUUAACAGAAAAGGAAAUAGUGACCCAAAGUUCUAGGCGGUGGGCAACCCUGACUCUCCGAGGCUGCCCCAGGGAUACCCCAGAACCCAAGCCGCUUGGCGCCCAGGCUUCUGUUCCUGGACUUCUUGGGCUGUUUCAAAUGGGAUUGUCCCAUAAGAAAUGUUCCAAGGAGCCGCCUUGGAAAAACGAUGAUAAAAUCGGUGACGAUUCCUUCUUUUCCCUACAGCCCCAGGAGCGGCAGGAUUUGCAGCAAGAAGACGCCCAUCGAUGUCCAAGCCCUAAAGAAGAAGGUCAGCAGGGUGACGUGCGGCCCCGCGGCCCGAGCCAUCCUCAGCAGUUUGCUGCUCUACAUCACCGAGCGCGAGGACGGGCCCCAGGGGCCUCCUCCCGCCAGGAGGGCAGAAGGCGGGCUGAGCAAGACCGGCCCGGCGCCGGAGCCCCAGGACGCCCCGCGGCGACCCACACGCUUCCAGCUCCUCAAGGCCAAGUUCAUGGGCACCGGCCGGGAGCCGCGCCUCAAGAGGACCCGGGAGGUGGGGCGGCUGAUCUUCAAGGACAGGCAGGGCCCCGGCAGGAGCCUGGUGACGGCCACUAUCCACAAGCUCCUGGAGAAGACCAGGGAGGGGGCCGGCCGCCCCGCACGGGGCCGGGAGCCGCUGGGUCGCGAGAGGCCCCGGGGGCUCCCCGCCGGGAGGAGCUCCGUGAAGAGCAUCCUGAAGGUGUUCUUGGCCGCGGAGGAGAAGGAGGCCGCGGAGGAGAAGGAGGCCGCGGAGAAGCCUCCCGCGGAGCCGCCCAAAGCCGCCAGGGGCCCCCCGCCGAAGGCGGGCGGCAGGCGGAGCGCCGCGCUGGCCAAGCUGCGGGAGACGUUUGAGCGGAGCGGCUGCCGCUGUGCGGAGACCGGCCUCCUGCCGCUGCGCGCGCGCGAGCACAGGACGAAGCGCCUGCCGCGGGGCCCGCUGCACCGGCCCGAGCGCCGCGUGCUCCGCUUGGCCACCUUGGCCAGCACCUGCAUCCGGGCGCCCCCCGCCCGCUUCCUGGCCGGCUCGGCCGAGCCCCUGCUGCCCUUCAGCAUCGCCACCGUCGUCUGCGGCCCCCGCAGCUGGAUGUCCCACGGCGCCAGAGUCACCCACGCGGAUCUGCGCCAAGCGCCCAGAGCAGAAACGGGCACGGCCCCCCGCGCGCGAGAGACGCCCGGUGGGAGCCAAGCGCCAGGGUGGGGGCAGCCCCGGCAGCCCUCCGCGCCCCGGGCGACCGCCCCCAGGGACGGCCCGGAAACACUGCUCCCAGGUGCGGGGCCCGAGUGUGUCCCCAGGGCAGCCCCCUCUCCCGCCUCCCCCUGGGGUGAAGUCCUUCCUGGCUGCGAGCCCGAGCUGAGCCCACGGGGACCAGCCAGCCCCGGGGGCACGGCGGCAUUGGGAGGCGACAGGACGGGGGCUGCCCAGGGGAAGAGGGGAGCAAGGCUGGGCCCCCCGCCGGGGCUCGUGGGGGGCAGAGCAGGGGCUGCCCCCGAAGUCACCCUGACCGUCUGCAGUUCAGAGGAUGAAACGGAAAGAAUGACUGCAGACUCGGAGCCAGACCCCCUCUUCGCUGUCCAGGAGAAUUGCCCAGAAGAGAGAGCGCCAGGACAAUUCCCUCCACUCGCGGCGCACGCAGCCCAGGCCGCGCAGCGCACACAGCCAGCCAUGGAGCCUCCACAGGUCGCGGCCAGACUGCCGGCUGUCCACACAGUGCCGCCCCCUCCUGCCACCCUGCAGAGGGCAGCAGGCCCUGAAGACCAAGGCUGGCGUCUUCUGGGAGGAGAGGGUGUGACUGGAAAUACAGGAGCUUCACCUCCCACUACGGCCGAGGGUGGAAGCAGGGGCGCCCCGUUGAGGGCAGGACGGAGCCCGCCCGCCCUGCCACAGCAGGGCCCAGGGGCACAGCCAACGCUCACAGCGCCUCCGCGGGAUGCUGCCUGCCAUGGUCCAGACGUCCCCGAGGCAGUUCCCACGACGAAACCGCAGAAAAGUUCCCCUGGAGGAAAGGAAACCAGACGCAGCCCUGGGACUUCACACAGGCUCCCCAAGCACCAGGACACUUGGGGAGAGGACGCUUCCCAGCUAAGUUCUAAGACGCCUCUGCUGCCGGGACGGGAGGAAAGGCCUGUUGAUGACGCCAGCACCUCAUCACAUCGGUCCGCGGCCUCGGAAAACCGAUGGAGGGGACUCGCCGGCUGUGCCCCUGGCGGUCAGCAAGUGCUGGCGCCCAGGGUUCCCAGGAGGAGCGAGGUGAGUGUCUCCAUGAGGCCAGAAGCACCGGCCCAGGACGGGAGGAGGCCUGAGAAUCUGCCCUCGGUGGACAAGAGCCCCCCUCGUGAGCAGGAAGGACACAGGGGGCCCCCGUCGUCCCCGGAGCCAGCCCGGCCCCCGCUGACGGCUGAAGGGAGCGCCAGCCGUGAUCCUGGUGAGAACAGAGCGAGCUCCUUAACUGAACGAACACAGCCGAGGAGUGUCAACGCCCCCGGGCGGGUGACGGCUGCAGGGGCCUCCAAAAGCCCCCCAGCCCUGGUGCCAGGUGACGCCCUGAGCCCCGGAAACAGGGCGGCCAAGGAGCAGGAGGAAAGGGGCGCCGCCCGGCCCGCAGGCCCAGGUCUCGCGGCCGAGGAGCCUGAUCGCCAGGCCGGGGGCGGCAGCGCGUGCAGAGCCUCGGGGUCCCCACCCGCCCCGCCCCGGGAGGCCGCCGGCACCCACACCCUGCCUGUCGAGCCCCGCGUGGCGGCUCCAGGUGAACUGGCCGCAGGCGAAAGGAAGGUGGCAGCUGGGGGCAGAAUCUCGGGCGCUGUGUGGCAGAGCCCUCGGGGGGGCAGCCCAAAGCCCCCGACUCCAGCCCCAGAUCUCCCGGUGCCACAGGGGAGCCACGUGGCGGGGACUCCAAGCCGCGCUUUGGGCACUGGGCCACCGCCUUCUGGGAACCAGCAGGCCAAGGGCGGGACGUGCGUCUUACCCGGGGAACAGCUUCCUCCCAGUGCUGGGCCUUCCCGCCAACCUCCCCCCACGUCCACAGCGGCGGAUGGGCCAAGGGAGGACCGGGUGGCCCAGAAGCGCCUCGACCUCCAGGCCCCCAGGGAAGUCGCGGGCGGGGAGAGGGCCAGCCUGGGCGGAAGAAGUCACCGUGGGCAAGAGGAGGGGCCCCCGGGGGCUGCGAGGCUGGCCGGUCCUGGAAGGAAGGGAGAAGGCCUUCGGGGCGAGAAGGCCCACUCGAGUGGGGCCGAAGAGGCUGUGGACGGCGACCCGGCGGCCCCGGUGGAAGCUCCCGGCUGGCGCACUGGGAAGAGCCCAGAGUGGCCGCAGAGGCAGCAGGCGAGGCACACAGAGGGCCCUCCUCGGGGACAUGGGGCCCCGGCUGCAAAGACCCCAGCUCCUCCCCACCCAGGGAGCCCGGCACACCCUGCCCAGGCCCAGGCUGGCAGGCCGGCCCCCCCUGACUCAGCUCAGCCUGAGAGCAAGGCAGCAGAGGUGGCGCCCCCCGCAGGCAAAAAUGAGGCGUCCCGGAGACCAGCAGCCUCCAGGGGUGGUCAGGGAGCUCGCGGAGAGCCAUGCGGGCAGGGCGAGAGCCCGACGGCCCCCGGCCCCCGGCCAGCACCAGGCUCUGCAGUGCCCUCGGCCGCGCUAGGGGGCUGCCACACGGCCCGCGCCCCCGCCCCAGGGGGGCCCCCGGACACCCCCGGGGCGGGGAGGGGCACACAGGGACGCGGACGCGGCGGCAGGGGCGUGCACCUGUCCAAGUACAGAGCCCAGAGCUUCAGCGACCAGAGGUCCUUCGAGCUGUCCUUUAGACCAGCCAUCCUCAGGGCCAACGACACGUUCGCGCUUCCAAAGUGAGGCCCUCACGGGAGCCAGCGGCCCGAGGCCUCACUCCCUUUCCUUCCUCCCGGUGACCCUCGGCUCUGAGCGCCGGCGCCCAGUCUGCGGAGUCGUGUCCUCUGUCGUGAGUGGCCCUGGGAGGAUGGGAGCCCUGCGGCCAGUACACUCCGCCCACACCUGGUGUCUUCACGGGCGUCAGGCUCACGCCCGUCUCUGCACAGGAAGUUCUGACCUUCAGUGCUGGACUUGCCGUGCAUCUGUCCCGUCCCCUCCUGGGGCGUGGCCUUGGGUUUUGAGGGCACUCUGCCUCUUGCGGGGUCACCAGCAGGUGCCGACAUGACCCCUCCUGGCUCAGACACGGCCAGGGUGGUGAGUGGCCCCGACUGGCCCUGCCGGUCCUGGAAAGAGUCAGAGGGCUUCAGUUUGACAUGGCGACCACCGGGGGGCAGGGGGCUGCGUCCAUGACCCCACAGCCACCUGACAGUCAGGGAGCCACUGGGAUCCGGGUGUGGCCUCUCUGUUCACCCAAGCCUGGCCGGAGCCAGCGAACCAGGGGGAGUCGACUCCAGAGAACAGCGACCGUAGGAGCCGCGAAAAGGCUGUUUUCAGGUGCACGAUUCCCAGGACGGUUUCAUUCAGAAACUGGUGAGAAAAGUAACCCAGUCUCGUCUGACCCGCCAUCAUCACAGCAGCCUCCUCGGAGUCUGCAGGGCCUGCAAGGCCCUGGACGGGGCGCAGGUCGGUGACGGAGUGCACACUCCAGCCCCGCCGCCCUCC